AUUGUUGUAGUUGUGAGCCAGCGAAAGAAUAAUAAUAAUAAAAAUAAAUACACUCACUCAAAAAGAAAAAAACAACAACAAAGGGCGAAAAUUAUAACAAUAAAACUGGAAAGAAAGAAAUUUACACAACUACUCCAUACAACUACGAAACUUGAAUCAAUUUCGCAUGGUUUCUAGUUUCCCCGUCUACUUGGGUUUUUGUUAAAAAGAACUACGGCAUUCAUCUUCAUCAUUAGGCACACACAAACACACCCAUACACGCGGCCCGUAAUCGUAUACAUAUAUAUAUAUUGUUGAAAGCAAUACGCGGAACAGGGCCAAAGAAACGAAGAAAGAACACAAUAACAAAGCAGAAUAGAAGACCAGAGCAAAAGAAAAUUAAAUUGUUUAUUUUGUUCAUUUUCCGGACACAGAAGAGAGAAUUUUCGACUAUUCUCUUUUUGUACAAAACAACAUCACCGUCUUCAUAGCAAAUCCAUCAUCAUCAUCAUCGUCGUCGCUUAUCGUUGGGGUUUUUCACUUGCUUGGGAAAGUGUACAGCGAAUGUUCUAAGGAUGUCUGAAUAUCAUAGAUUAACGGACCAGAAAUAUUCCGAGGCUGAGUACCUUUUUCAGACAAUCGAAAUGGCCAAAUCAGAUGAAGAAUUUGAUGUGGAAUUGUGUUCGACGCCACCCUCCUCACAUACAGAACUGGAAUUGGAGCUGAUGGCCAACGAUCCCCAGUCAAUAUACUCGUGGACGUUGGUGAAGCGGCGGCGACCUCGCAGACGUUAUACGGUAUCGCAUGGUGGUGGUGGCGGUGCCGGCGGUGGUGCUGGCACUUGCCAAAAUGGGAGUGGAGGUGCCGUUCAAUGCAAUACCUCAGUUGGAAGUUUACCACCAGCCCCGCCAUCAACGCCCACUUCUUUGACACCCACCAACACUAGCCUGCUGUCCACGUCGGCUGCAAAUGGUUCAACAGAUGAACCAGAUAAUCAGCGAAUCGACAGUCUUCUAUACAUUCUCGACUAUGCACCCAAGUACAAACGAAAGAAACUGAAAGAGCAGCAACGCACUGAUGCUGAACUAGCAGAACUGUUUAAUGUUGUCUCCAUAACCGCCUCCAAGGGUAAUUCAUCAGCCUCCGCAACGUCCAAAAUGAAAGUGCAACCAGAACGUGGGGUGGCGCCCAUGUCACGCACAAUACGAAAACCUCUCGGCACGAGAGCUUUCAAACUCAACCGAAGACUUAAGGAAUUCUUUGAAACAGACGAAGAAGAUUCCGUCUCAGCACCCGAAUACGAUACCGAAGAAGAGGAUACACGAUUUCAUCGUUUGGGACGUAUAAAACCCUCCGGAAAACUACUACAACGUAAGCGGCAAAGAAAGUUUGCCCGCUUCGAGCAUCAAGAACGCAUGGAGGCCAUGGUCGAUAUAUUCGAUGAAGCUAUGAAUUUCAAUGAAACCUAGAAGGCAACCAUGUUCAACCCACGAUAAUAGAGGUUAUGAAGAUGGCACGUCGAAGCUGCACAAAAUGAUAUCCAGGACCAUCGUUUUUGUGUGCUAACGUGUGUGAGUGUUUUUGGUAUGUAGAGAUUUAAGGGCUGGUUUGGUCUUUGCUAUGACUGAGUUGGAAGUUGUUAGUUAGUACUUAAACAUUAACUAUGGAAUACCUGAAUUAAUGGAUUCAAAUGUGUUGGUAGUUAGUAUAAAAAAAAAAUACAGUUAUUAAAGGGGGAUUUUGCUAGAGGAGCUCAUCGAAUUGGGGAUUUUGUUGUUGUGUAUGGGGAUUAAUGCUAUAAGUAUUAGUUUUCAUAUAAACGUGUGAUUUAAAAGAAAAAUUAAACGCCAGUUUUGCUUUAAACAAAUUUAAAA